UGCUGAUCGACGGUUCCGCCCGGACUGUUUCUCUGGGCGGUGCUGGAAACAUGUCGAACCACCUUCGCUUCGUGGCUCGGACGGUGAUGGUCCGGGACGGAAACGUCGAUGCUGCUUAUAAUGCUCUGACCAGGAUCUUAUCUGUGGAUGGAAUCGUUGAAACUGUGAAGCGCAAACGCUAUUAUGAAAAGCCUUGCAGACGCAGACAGAGGGAGAACUAUGAAAACUGCAAGAGAAUCUACCAUGCAGAGAUGGCACGCAAGAUCUCCUUCAUAUCCAGGGCGGACAGACAAGACCCCUGGCUCGGGUGUUAGUCAACAUGGAAGAUGACCCCAGAUGUCUUUUUACAAAAAUCCAUGUACUGUUGGGGGCGGGCAAGGGAGUUAUCCCCUUAUGGAUGAAUGAAAAUGACCUGACCUGUGGACUGGCAUAUUGAAAUACAAGAUUCCACUUAUUCAGUAUGUCUAAUAGCCCUCCAGUUUACUGAAAUUCCAUUCUAAUAAAUGUAAUCUGAGCAGUUAAGUUCAUUUUGUGCUUACCUUGUAUCUGUUUGUGUUGUUACUGUACACAUUGUGUAAAACUGUCCAGAUCCUGGAGUUGGUUUCAAUCCACCAAUAAAAUAUCUGUAUAAUCUUUUGAUAGAAACUGCUGUA